AUGUUAAAGUGGGUACAAUCUGGUCUUUCUGUUGUUGCUGGUACUGCUGAGCCUGAAUAUGGGGCCGAUGCCAUCCAACCCAUCACCAAGCGUAUCGUCAACAAUCAAGUCAGCAGACCUACUGUUGCUGAAGAUUUCAAUUGGCUUGAACCAGGAUCAACUAAUGUUGAAACCAAGACCUUUUACUUCACUGACUUGAAGUCGGGAUCUACUGGGUUUGCUCAAGUUAUCCAUUCUAACGUUAUGGGUGUUCAUACCACCGCUCAAUUCACAUUCAGAUUAUUUAAUUCCAAGACCCCAGAACUCGGAAUAUGGACUUCGACAAAAUUGGAAAAUUUUAGAUUGGAAGGUGCCAACUUUUAUGCUGAUGGUAUAUCCUUGGAAUUAAUCGACAACAAGACAUUUAAGUUGAACUUCUCGGCUAAUCCAGAAUCACUUGUCGAAUUGGAAAUGACAAGAUUGACUGAUGGAGUUAUAUUUGGUGAGGAUGGAUUCACAUUUUAUGGAGAAGAUGUUGAAAACCCAUGGGGAUCAAUGAGACACGCCUUUUGGCCAAGAUGUUCUGUUGCUGGUAAGAUCACCACCACCAAGACUGCUACUGAAGCCAAUGCUGAACCUGUCACCAAGGAAAUCCCAAUUGAAGGUUACACCAUGUUUGUAUUUGCCUUGCAAGGUAUGAAACCUCAUCAUGCUGCCAAAUCAUGGAACUUCCUCAACUUCCAAUCGGAAAAUUACUCUGCUGUCCAAAUGGAAUUCACCACUCCUAGAUCAUAUGCUGAAACCAGAGUCAAUGUCGGUAUGAUUUGUAAUAACGAAAAGGUGUUGUAUGCCACCGUGAACAACAAGGUUGUUCAUUUGGAUCCUCAUGAUGAUGUUGAAAUUGGAUGGCCUGUUCCUAAAUCUAUUGAAUUUCAUUACCUUAAGGAUGCCGCCAAUCCAGACGACGAAGGGGUUGAAGUUGGUGUCGUCAAGGGAGAUUUAAAAACUUUGGUUGAACGUGUUGAUGUCAUGGCAGAAAUUCCCCAGCUUGUUAAGACUAUUGUUAGCAAUGUUGCUGGUGCCAAGCCAUAUAUUUACCAAUAUUGUGAUGAAUUGGAAUUGACUGUUGAUGGUAUCACUGAAUCCGGAGUUGCGUAUAGUGAAGUUACAUUUAUCUCUGAAUGA